AGCUAUCUAGAAUGUAUGUAUAUAACACCCUGCACCACACCAGCAAUGUUCGAAGCAACCAUAAACAGCUGCAAUCAGCCUCGGCUGGUUUCAGUAAAAUUCCUCUUAUCUCUGAGAGACAAAGCUGUCCACUCUCUAGUAAGUAAGCAGAACAUACUUACAAAGCCUGGAAGAAGAAUAAAAAAAUUACUUAGCACAGAAACAAUGAAUUCCACAGCGAGUGCAGCCUCUGUCGAUCAUUCAAUCUCUAAACUAGAGGACGAACCCUACCUGCAGGCGCUGACAAUCUCAACCUUGUUUUCAUUCCCGAUGAUCCUCAAAGCUGCAGUCGAGCUUGACGUCUUAGGGAUCAUUUCCAGAGCAGGCAGUGCAGGAGUAUCUGCUGGAGAUAUUGCUUCCCACAUUCCAACAAAGGACCCUGACGCAUCGAGGAGGGUGGACCGGAUGCUCUGCCUCCUCGCGGUCAACUCCAUUCUGACAUGCUCCCUGAGUGAGAAUGAUGAAAGAGGGGUCCAGAGGAUCUACAGGCUGUCUCCAACAGGUAGAUACUUUGUCCAGCAAGGAGAUGAAGGAUCAGCAGCCUCAAUGUUGGCCCUCAACGCCCACCCAAUCACCAUGGAGGUUUGGUCACAUGCUAAGGACACUAUCCUUGGAGGAGGUAACGAGUUCAAGAAAGUACACAAGAAAUCUGCAUUUCAUUAUACAAACAUCGACCCCACAUACAACCAAAUCUUCAACCAGGCAAUGGCUGAUCUCACCACAAAAGUGAUGAACCAGGUGCUGCAGAUAUAUGGAGGAUUCGAGAGACUCGGCUCACUGGUUGAUGUGGCUGGUGGGACAGGGAAGUGCCUUGCUGUGAUCACCUCCAAGUACCCUCCCAUCAAAGGCAUCAAUUUCGAUGUGCCACAUGUCGUUGCAACUGCGCCAUUCUAUCCAGGUAUCAAGCACGUCGGUGGAGAUAUGUUUGCGAGUGUCCCUAAGGGAGAAGCAAUUAUGAUAAAGGAUGCCCUGCACAACUGGGACGACGAGCACUGCAUAAAAGUCCUAAAAAAUUGCUAUGAAUCGCUGCCUGAAAAGGGGAAGGCAAUUAUAAUAAAUGUUCUGAUGCCAAAAGCACCAGAUUCGACUUUGGCCUCAAGGUACAUCACCCAGCUUGAUGCUACCAUGCUGAUUCAGCUAGGAAGCCACGAAAGGACCCAGAAGCAGUUCGAAGCUCUCUGCAUGGCUUCAGGUUUCUCCGAGUUCUGGGUUGCUGAUCACCUGGCUUAUUCCGUAUGGGCUAUCAUGGAGUUCCGCAAAUAAGACUCUGGAUUAAACGAAGUUCAAUAAGAUCUGAGCGCUUCUUGUUA